UGAUUUUGCGCAUUUUACCUCCAUAAAGUACUUCGGGAAUCAAAAUGUAUCGCUUAGGUUAGUACUCGAACUGAGAACUUUCCACCACUAAUAGUAGUUUUGAUGGCUGUUCUUAAACACUUAGAGACAAACAGAUAAAACCGGCGAUGGCAUGUUCGCGCUAACAGUGUCGCGGAGUUUCGCAUUCUAUAGACUUCACCCUUCUGAACAGUGUUCUCUCGCAGGGAAGCCUUCUCCGUCCAACGGCAACUUCAGGCUAAAGAGGAGGUCACUCAUAUUGAGCACGGAAUGUCCACACCAAUGCCUUCUUCGGUGGCGAGGGAUGACAGAGUCUCUGCGAUGGCCAUGACCCCUAUCCGGGUGUCCGGUGGCAACAAGACGGACAUCCUGCUCAAGGCUUCGCAGAAAUUCCUCUGGUGUCUCGCCCUGAGCUUGCCGGUUCCAUCGCUGGCGUUCCGGCUGACCAGCGCGUUGCUGUGCUGGGGCAAAGACAGGGACCAGGUGGCGGUGCUUGACAACCUGAUGACCAUGGUGCGUGAGGUCGUUGCUAUAGUUUCCGGAGCCAUCUACUGCUUCACACCAGCAUCAGGCCUUCAGCGUCCCGUGAGGGACAGCUUCAGCCGUCGUCUUCGUGUGUCUUGCUACCUGGAGCUACCGGCGUACGCCUUGCUCUAUAUUCCCCACCUAUUCGUGACCCUCCUGUGGAACGACAGCGAGGCCAUCCUGACCAUGCUGUUCCUCUGCGUCGACGUGGAGCACCUGGACCAUAGCACCUUGUCCAAGGUCAUCUUCGUCGGAGACUACAUCGGGUUCAUGGUUGCCAACACCCUCAUCUCCUGGUUGGCUCUGCAAUACGCCCUCGACCUGGCAGCCCUGCGAGUCGAGCUCCUGAGCCAACCACGGUGUUCCCUUACGUCAAUGAUCAGACGUCGGAGGAGGUUGGCCAGACACUUCGCGUUCCCGUUGCUUCUCUGGGGCUGCAACACCGCCGUGGGCUUCACGGUGGCGCUUCGACAGUCCAUGCACUCCGUCAACAACCCCGAAGACUUGUCAGCACUCCUCCUCUUCUCCCUCUUCCAGAUGGUUCACAGCGUGUGGACCCUGGCCCUGGUGGCCUGGGCAGCCGAGGCCUUCGAGGGAAGCCUGGCCAGCGCGGUCCGGGCGCGGAUGCCCGCGUGUGGCGGACACGACAUGGCACCGCUGUUGCGCGACUACUCCGAUGCCCUGGGUUUCUUCAAACCCGACGGCCGGUGCCUGGCGCGUCUGCUGGCUGCCUCGCUCGGCUACGGCGUCGUCCUCUACCAACUCACCGUUCCUUACGCGGCGUCAACCCGAAGCCAGAAGAAUUCAACGGAACAUGCGUCGUUCGGGCCUCGCUACAGUUAGGCGCAGCUACCAGGGCCCUACUGAUAUUCUCCUCAUCUUUGGGCGAUGAAAGCAUGGCAUCGCGAUGCCAUACCAGGACACUCCAGUCACCGGCAAUCUAAAAACGCAGGGCGCCGCGAUUCCCGACAGUUUCACUGACGCUCCUUAAUCAAUGAAAUUGCACAAAUAUGUAAUUGAAUAAAUACACGUGUAUUCAAUACACUCUAA